AGCUCAGUCGAUCCUUUUUUUACGCAUUUUGUCAAUUGUCAAAUUUUGUGAAAAAUGGGUUUGUUUGGGUACGCUAUCGCUUCCGCCGCAAUCUUAGGCCUUUUACUUGUGCCAUUGUGUAUGAAGAAUUUGCAUUUGAAGGCGUCGUCAUCGUGUAAAUGUAAAGGUUGUACGAGACACAAUUGUUCUGUAGCAACCGAUCACACGCAAUCCAAUCGAGCAGACGCAAAUAAAACUGCGUUGUCGGCUGUGGAAUUACCCAAGGCUGCAUCAGGAUCCACGGAAACGGAGGGCGAGAGGACCGAACCGCCGGCUGUUGAAUUACCCGAGGCUGCGCCAGGAUCACCAGAAACGGAGGACGAGCGGGCUGAAUUGUCGGUAACUGACCCACCAGCUUGUGGUUUGGGAGUCUUCAAACGAGGUCUGACCCCAGAGGAAUAUACCGAAAUUCUCAGGACUCAUAACCAGCUUAGAAAAAAGGUGGCACUCGGAUGUGAACUAAAAGGAAAGCCCGGACCUCAGCGAAAAUCUGCGAAACUGGGAGACCUGAAGUGGUCCGAUGAAAUAGCUAUCACUGCUCAAAACUGGGCCAAUGGCUGCGAGUACAAACACGGCGGGCAAAGGAAACUCGCAGAUGGGACGGAACUUGGCCAAAAUCUUGCUGAAACAAAAAAAAGCGGUCCCGGGGAAUUUCCAUCCGCCAGUGCACUCGUUGAGACACUGUGGUACGGCGAAGUGGUGAACGUCUCCAGGACACUGGCGGAUUCUUACCAGGAUGUGGCGCUUCCUGGGGAGCCGGUCAAUCACUACACCCAACUGGUAUGGGCCAAAACAACGCACGUAGGCUGUGGUCUCGUCGAUUAUGAAAAGGAUGCCGAAUGGAGAAUCAGGUAUUUGGUAUGUAACUACGGUCCUCAAGGGAAUAUCAAAGGUGAGCCAAUCUACUAGGAAACUCGAAACAACGUUUGUAGUAGAUUUUGUGACAACAGCCUGAAAUACUUGAUAUUCGAUGCUUGUCCGCUUUUCUGCGUACUCUGGACUACCGCAAUUAACUAAUUAUUAAGGGGUAUACCCUGAUUAGACGGGCAAAAAAAAAGACUGUUUUCACGAUUUUUUUUUGCCGGUAUAAAUUAUAAAUAUGAAUAUAGAAAUGUAAAGCUUAAAAAAUACACAAAAAAAUGUUGUUUA